GCUAGCAGGAGAAGUAAGUCGGAACCUGGUGCUGCUGUGCUGCUGCCAAGACUGCUCGCAGUAGGACCCCAUAUCCCGAAGGUGAAGUCUUUCUUCGUCAGCAUGGGGCGCGACGCGUUGCAUUCUGGUGCUAACGGCCAGACGCCGCUGGUGUUCGCCCUGAAUGGACGGCGCAUGGAAGUUCGUGACGUGGAUCCCGCCAUGACUGUCAACGAAUUCAUCCGCACGAGGACGGAAUUCACGGGAACGAAGCUGGCCUGCGGUGAAGGCGGGUGCGGUGCAUGCGCGGUCAUGGUCGCGCGUUACAACCCUCUCACUGGCGCCAUUGACGAGCGCUCGCUCAACUCGUGCCUGCUCCCGCUCGCGUCGCUGCACCUCGCCGCCGUCACCACCGCGGAAGGACUCUGUUCCGCGCCCCGCGCAACCUCCCCCGACCACCACGCAGCCAAUGGCGCAGCUAACGGUACGCCUAAAGGCGCGGGUGCGACGACGGCGACGAAGCAGCGGGAUCCGCACUCGUGUCACAAGGGCGGGCGCGCGGAGCAGCCGCACGCGGUGCAGCAGCGGCUGUCGGGGUUCCACGCGUCCCAGUGCGGCUUCUGCACCCCCGGCAUGUCCAUCGCGCUCUACGCCGCUCUCCGCCGACGACGCUCCGCCGCUGCUGCUGGUGACGGCGCUGCUGCUGCUGAUGGUGGUGCUGGUGCAGCUGACGGGGCAAAUGGUGCUGGUGAUGGGGGUAACAAGGGGGAGGGAGUGGAGGUUGUGAGUGGGUUGACGGAGCAGGAGGUGGAGGAAGCAAUGGCGGGGAAUCUGUGCCGCUGCACGGGGUACCGCCCCAUUCUCGACGCCUGCAAGAGCUUUGCUGGGAGCACGAAUGCCAGUGCGGCAGCAGCAGCAGGAGCGUUGGGGGGAUUGAUGGAUCUGGAAGAGCUUGGUUCUGCUGCUGCUGCUGCAGCCAUGCGUUCCUGCAGGGCGGAGGGUAUCAGUGAGUUCGCCCCUGCGGCAUCCUCUGCACCGGCCAUGGAGUGCAACGGACAGCAGCAGGGGAAGCAGUGUGGCGGUAAGCAGCAGCGGUCAGGUGAUGGCAGCAACGGCAGCGGCAAGUGCAGCGGGCUGUGCAGCGCGCCCCGCAAGCCCCUCCCCCGCUACAACCCCCUCUUCGACCCGCUGUUCCCCGCGUGGCUCAAGGGAGAGACCCAGCGCCAGCUCGGCGCGCAGCAGACGCAGGGUGAAAAGGGAGGUGAUGGAAGUGGGGAUAAGAUGCUAGGGUGGGAGUUCUGGGAGGAAGCAGGUGCUGGGGAAGCGGCAGGCAAGGCCAAUGAAGUAGAGGAGGAUCAGCAGGCAGUGAAGGCUGGGAGGAAGGGGAGGAAGGUUGCGUGGGUGGCGCCCAGGAGUCUCGAGGAGCUGAGAUCAGUGCUGUUGAGGGGAGGCCAGGGCGGCAAGGGAGGAGAGGCCGGUCAGGACGGUCAGGGGACGGCAGUGCAAGGGGAGGGAGGAGGAGCGGGUGGUGGUGGUGGGGAGAUUCGGCUGGUGGUGGGCAACACGGCGGCGGGCGUGUACCCCGAGCUUGCGCGGUAUGAUGGGGUGGCGCGUGUGACGAGAUUGGAUCUGAAGCGCGUGCUGGAGCUGCAGCGCGUGGCAUGGGAGGAAGGGCUGGGUGGAAAGGACGGAGAGGGGGGCGAGGGAAGCACGGGAGGAGAGGGGGGAAGUGCUCGUGUGAUGGGGAUUAGAUUCGGUGCGACUGUGUGUUUGGCCGAUGUAAUUGCAGUGCUGGAUGCAGUGGCAGGGAAGGGCACUGGUGCUGCAAAGAACCCCAGCGAGGGCAAUGCUCCAGUGAUCGACGGCUGGGAUGAAGCCAAGGCGGCCGGAGAAUCAGCAGUAUCAGCAGAGGUGUUUUCUUGCGCGGCUGCUCACCUGCGCAAGGUGGCAGGGCCGCAUGUGCGCAAUGCGGCUAGCAUCGGGGGUAACCUCGUCCUUGCCGCCUCUCACCGUGCCUUCCCUUCGGACGUCGCCACUCUCCUGCUCGCCCUCAGCGCCUCUGUGCGCACCGCCACGCCCAAGCCCACUGCAGCAGCAGCAGGAGAAGGCAGCAGUGAUGGGUGGGCGUGGGAGGAGCUCUCUUUGGAGCAGUUUCUGCUCCGUGGGCCUCUGCCUGGCACCACUCUCCUGCACUCCGUCUUCCUGCCCUGCCCCUCGCUCCCUGCCUCCCCCUCCUCUGCGGGCCAGCAGCUCGUGUUUGACUCCUUCCGUGCGUCCGUCCGCCCGUCUGGCAAUGCCUAUGCUUAUGUCAAUGCUGCCUUCCUCCUUCGCAUCACCCCUGCUUCCUCCUCCUCCGACUCCUCCUCUUCGUCCUCCCCCCACCCCCGGCCCCUAUUUCCCCACGCCAUCAGAGCUCGCCAGGCCGAGUCCCGCCUUCUCGCUGCGCCCAAUGGCGCGCUGACACCUGGCAGCGUGCUGGAGGCGGUGAGGGCAGUGCGCGGGGAGGUGGUCCCCCCAGAGGGGACGCAGUGGGCGGAGUACAGAGUGGAGGCGGCUGUGGGGUUCCUCUUCUCCUUCCUCUCCCGCCACCUGCCCCAGAUGGCCCCGCCCAAGAAGGUCCUGCACAAUGGGAACGGUGCCGCUGCUGCUGACGGCAAUGGAAGUGGUGGUGCCAAUGGCACCCUUGGUGCCAAUGGUGGUGGUGCUGCUGCAGUUGUGGCUGCGGCUGCGGCUGGUGGUGGUGGUGAUGGUGGUGUGAGUGGGGACGGUGUGCAGGGCAGCAGCGAGCAGCAGCACGCAGUGAUGAGGGGCCAGCAGGUGUUCAGUGUCACCAACGACGUCUUCCCACUCGCCUUGCCGCUUCCCAAGCUGGGCGCCGACCUGCAAGCCUCAGGCCAUGCCAUCUACGUGGACGACAUACCAGUGCCCUCCUCCUGUCUCUACGCCGCCUUUGCAGUCUCCACCCACGCCUCUGCGCGCAUCACCUCGCGCUCCUACGCGGCUGCGCUCGCCUCCCCGGGCGUUGUGGCCGUGCUGGACGCCUCGCACCUCCCCCCUGGGGGAACCAACGUGGGGUCGAACAUCCUGGGGACCAUUGAUCCGCUGUUUGCGGAGGGGAAAACGGAGUACUACGGCCAGCCAGUGGCUCUCGUGGUGGCUGACUCCUACCGCCAUGCACAGGAGGGCGCGCGCAAGGUGUGCUGCACCUACGACUCCUCCCCUCCUCCUGCUCCUGACAAGCCCACAACGGAACCAGCAGUAGCAGCAGACGCAGCAGCAGCAGCACCUGGAGCAUCCGCAGCCGCCACGUCUGGGCCCAUUCUGACCAUAGAGCAGGCAGAGGCCGCCGGGACCUUCUUCCCCCCCAACCCCAUGUUUCUCAUGGCCAUCCCUCGCCGCGGAAACUUCCAGGAGGCCUUUGACAAGAGCCCUCUGAAGAUCACAGGAGCUGAGGUGCGCUCGGGCUCGCAGCAGCACUACUACAUGGAGCCCCAAGUGGCCAUGGCGGUACCGGACGAGGGCGGCACCCUCACCGUGUACAGUGCCACGCAGACCCCCCAGUACACGCAGGAGAGCGUUGCCGCGGCGUUGGGGCUGCCUGUCAGCUGCGUGCGCGUCGUCACGAGGAGGCUGGGAGGCGGAUUCGGAGGCAAGGUCAUUCAGGCCUGCUGGGUGGCGGUGGCAUGUGCGCUGGCAGCACAGCACCUGCACCGCCCAGUGCGCUUGGCUCUAGACCGAAAGGCGGACACAGCCCUAGUGGCCGGCAGGCACGAGUCCCGGGUGCGCUACGACGUGGGGUACGACGAGACGGGGCGCGUGCACGCGCUGCGGGUGAGCGCGGUGCUGAACGGUGGGAGCAGCGAGACAAUGAGCAACUGGCUGCCCUUAAACUAUGGGGCGGCCCUCACGCAGUACGACUGGGGCGCACUGCACAUCGAUAUCAAGUUCGCCAAAACCAACCUUCCCACGCGGGUGACAGUGAGGGCGCCAGGGGAGGUGCAGGGAGUGCUGGUGGCAGAAACAGUCAUGGACCACGUGGCAGCAGUUCUCAAUCUGGACCCCGUACUCGUGCGCGAGCACAACCAUAUCUCCACCGACUCCCUCCGUGCCUUCUUCCCCCGUGCCUUCCCUCCUCCUGCUCCUGUGCCUGCUGCUCCUCCCGCUCUUGCCUCUGCUCCUGCUGCUGAUUCCACCGCUCCUGCUGCCGCUGCUACUGCUGCGACGACGCAGAGCAAUGGGAGCAACGGCGCUGCUGGUACUGCUGGUAAUGGGGGGAGCAGCAGCACCAGCAGCAGCGAUGACCAUGGGGGAAAAGCAAAGGAGGAAAAGCUGGAGGAUGAGGGGGCGAUAGCUGAGAGGGUGUGGAGGGAGGUGAAAUCCCUUUCCAGCUACAGCAAGCGGGCAGCAGCAGUGCAAGAGUUCAACUCCGCACACACAUGGCGCAAGAGAGGCCUGGCUAUCGCUCCUGUGCACUACAUGGUGCCUAUUAUGGGCAAGCCUGCACGGGUGACCGUGUUUGGGGAUGCGUCAGUGGCUGUGGAAACCGGAGGGGUGGAGAUGGGUCAGGGGCUGUUCACCAAAGUGCGCCAGGCUGCUGCUAACUCGCUCAAUCAGCUCUGGCUCAGCAGCAGCAGCAGCAGCAGCAGCAGCACUGGCAUGAUGAGCAGCUUUGGAGUGGAUGUGAGUCGCAUCAGAGUGGUUGACAACGACAGUAUAGCCAUGGGCAAUGCAGGCAUAACUUCUGCCAGCUCCACCUCCGAAGCCUCCUGCGCCGCCAUACAGCUCGCAUGCAGCCAGCUCCUCCCCUUGCUCCAGACCGCCAAAGCAGCAGCGGAAAAGGCCAAGGCGUGCAAGAGGCUCGGGGUGAAUGCCGGGCCAGGGGGGAUGUUUGGCCCGGGAGCAGCAGCAGGCGCUGAUGUGGUGGUGGGGGAAGAGGAUGUGGCGAGCUGGGAGGAGGUCGUAGGUCAGGCGAAGGCCAUGCGCAUGCACCUGUCUGCUCAGGCUAACUACAAGCCUGUGCCACCCCCUGGGAGCUUCUUCCAAACCUACUUCAACUUCGGUGCAGCUGUUUCAGAGGUGGAGGUGGAUGUGGCGACAGGGAGUGUGAGUGUGCUGCGCUGUGACAUCCACUAUGACUGUGGCCGCAGCCUCAACCCCGCUGUCGACAUAGGACAGGUGGAAGGGGCGUUCGUGCAGGGGCAGGGUUUCUUCACCUCAGAGGAGGUGGUGGUCGACGAGGCAUCUGGCAAGCUUCUGACGGACGGCACGUGGUCGUACAAGGUGCCGUCGUUUGAUACCGCACCCCGCCAGCUCAACGUGUCUCUGCUGCAGGGCUCAGGCAACGACCGUGGCGUGCUCUCCUCCAAAACAUCUGGGGAGCCCCCUCUCCUUCUUGCUGUUUCCAUCCACUCUGCCAUUCGCUAUGCCAUUGCCGCCGCACGACGCCAGUUUGCUGCUGACCAACAGACACAAGCUGCUGCAAGUGGUGGUGACGAGUUUGUGCGGCUGGAUUCUCCAGCCACAAUGGCGGUGGUUCAGCGGGCUUGUGGGUCCCACUUGGUGGAGGCUUACUUGGAGAAACAGCUCAUGGCUUCUGCUGCGGCAACAACUGCUGGUGGUACAGGCAGUAUUUAGCGCUGCCGCAUCCGAGGGAAUUGAAGUUUGUUGGGUUGUGCCUUAGGGGGUGCCAGACUACGAGUACAGUGGUAAGUUGACAGUUGUGAUUGUGACAAGAUUUUGCGAGGAGUGUGCAGUGCAGUCGUCAUAGGAAAGAGAGCAGAGGCCAUGCAGAUAGCAGAGAUUGGAAAGAGAAUGAGACUAGGUGGCAGGUCCGAGUGGCCUGCCACGAUGUAAAGGAGCAUGACUCCUUUACAGCACUCUCCUCGACUAGUCGAAUCACAAUAUUUAGAUUGUGAUCACAAUUUUCCAUGUUGCGUUGCCCGAUGAGUGAAUAUUCACAUGGUGUGCAUAGAG